AUGUUGGAUGAGCCGAUGAGCCCAGGGGACUCGGACAGCACGGACGACGAGGAGCCCCUAUCUGUGCGCUUCGCCCAGCGGCAGAGCAUCGUGCAGGUCCAGGAAUCCAAACAGCGCACACAAGGCGCGCCAGCCUCCGACGAUGAGGGGUCGGCGUCAGACGCCUCCGGCAACGACGCUGCCAAUGGCGCCUCCAGCACAAGCUCGUCGUCCUCCGGCUCCGGCAGUGACUCAUCCGAUGAGAGCUCCUCCGCCGAUGACGACGACAACGAUGCCGGCUCCCGCCUCGCGAAGCGCCGGCGGCGCUCCGGCAGCAGCGACGGCGGCGGCAGCGCCGCUGGCGGCGCCGCCGGCGUCAAGCGCCGCACGCGGCGGCCGUCGCACUACCCGCGCUUCAACAGUAAGGACCGCUGCGGCAAGUGCCACACCUGCCUCAACCCCCAGAUGAAAAAGGCGUGCAUCACGCGGCGCGAGGAGUACGACCAGAAGAUCCGCAGGCAGCAGGAGCAGGACCAGGGCGGGCAGAACGCCUCCCCCCGGCCCCGCAAGCGCAAGGCCGCAACCAAGAACGGCGCGGCGGCAACCGCAGCCGCCCCGGCGCCGCCGCCGCCGCCUUCUUCUCAGCCUCCUCAGCCUCCCCCACCCCAGCAGCAGCAGCAGAUCGAGCGCGCCCAGGCCAAGCGGCAGCCCAAGCCGGCGCCGGCGCCCCCGGCUGCCCCCGAGUCGCUGGCGGCGUAUGAGGGCAUCUUGGCGUCCCUGAUCGACCACUCCGGCGGCGUCCGCCCCGCCGACGCCCCCGCGCUCGUCGCGCAGCUGCCGCGCUUCACGACGGCCGGCAGCCGGCGGCUCGCGCUGCUCGUCCUCGGCCUCACGCGCGAGCGCGGGCUCGCAGCUUUCAUGGCCGCCGGCGGCGCGGACGCGCUCGCGGGGUGGCUCGCCGAGGCGCGGCCGAGGGCCGCGGAGGGCAGCAAGGAGGCGGCGGCGCUGAUAGUGGAUGUGCUCAAGGCAGUGGCGCGCCUGCCGGUCGACAUGGCGUUCCUCAAGGCGAGCCCCAUCACGAAGGCCGUCGGCGGCCUGCGGAAGCACCCUGUGCCCGCGGUCGAGGCCGAGGCAAAGGCGUGCGUUGACCAGCUCUACAAGCGCGCGUCUGCCGGCAGUGGGGCCGCCGACGCGGCGGCGGCGGGCAGGGCGCCGCCGGCGGCCAAGCGAGCCAAGACUGACGAUCAGGCGAAGGCAGCAGCCGGGGCAGGCGGCAGGCACCCGUCAGCGUCUGCUGCGGGCGCGGCGAGCAGCAUUCACCUGCUGUCUGAAAACGACCUGUUUAAACCGGCCGCGCCUAAACCCAAGCCGGCGGUGCAGCCGCAGCCCCCCAAGGUGCGGCGAGCGGCGCGUGUGCGCCUGGGGCUUGCGCUGAGUGCCGACGGGGGUCGGCUUGAAAGGGAGCAGGGGUGCGUGCCCGGCCGUGUGAAGCCACAGGCGGCGCUUGUGUUCAACACGGGCUCGGCUGCGCGGCCCGCGACCACCGCGCGCGCACCGCAGGCGGCGGGCGUGCAGAGGAUGGACGCGGCGGAGGCGCGCCAGCUGGCCGCGGCGGCGGCGGCAAACGGCAGGGCGCCGGCGGCGGUCGGCGCGGGGCGGCAGCAGCAGCAGAAGCCGCAGGGGCAGCAGGAGGUCGUGUCGGCGCGCAUCGUCGUGCGGGAGGACGGCAGCGGCGUGGAUCUUCAAUUGUUGUUACAGAAAGCAAACCAGGAGCAGCACCAAGCCCCUGCCUCAGCAGCAAAUUCUGGCAUGGCCCGCAUCGGCGCCCGUCCGGCGCGGCCCGGCUUUGGCAACUCUGCAGCGCGCCCUGGCGCCGGCGCCCCGCCGGCCGCCGCCGCCGCCGGCGCGGCGGGCGUGACGCGCAUCGGCGGGGUCAGCCGCAUCGGCGCCCCCAGCUCCGUGACCGCGCGCCUGCUGGCGGCGCCCGCGCUGACCGGCGCGGCCCUGCGCGCGCAGCGCGCGGCAGCGCAGGUACCGGAGGCGGAUCAGGAGCCUCGCCGCAAGGCGGGCAGCGGGAAGCGCGUGAGCUGGCAGGCGGACAUGCGGCUGGUGAAUGUGAGGUGGUUCCGGAAGGAGGAUGCGCCCCAGCAGGCGCGCGGGGACUCUCUCUACACGGAUGAGGAGCUGCGGAAAGCGGCCCACAGCCACCCCACCUUCAGCGAGGCGGCGCGGCAGGAGCACAUGCGGGAACGCGAAUUCCUGCAGCAGAUGCACCACACAGAGCAGCACCAGCAGCAGCACCACCAGCAGCACCUGCAGCAGCAGCAGCAGCAGCAGCAGCAGCAGCAGCAGCAGCAGCAGCAGCUCCACGACAACGCCCGCCGCAUGCGCGCCGCCGUCGCCGCGGUCGCCCCCUCAGUCGCCUGGGUGCCAGCGCCGCCUGUCGCCCUCUGCGCCGACUGGGGGGUCGCGGCGGGCGAGGACUCGUCAGAGGCGCCGCGCCUGCAGCAGCUGGCCGCCGGCCGCCCCGCGACGGCGGCCGUCUUCCCGGCGCCGUCGACCCCUUCAGAGCCGCCGGAGCACCUCCGCGGCCGCGGCGCCGCCGCGGCCGGCGCGCCUGCCGUGGUCAUCCCGUGGGAGCCGGCGCCGGCGGCCGCCCCCGCGCCGGUGGCCGUGCCCACCGGCGCGCCGCAGCCACAGCCGCUGCAGCAGCAGCAGCAGCAGCAGCAGCCGGCGGUUCAGCUCGCGGGCGGCGGCUACGUGGUGCAUCCUGCCGCGCACGGCGGCAUGGCCACCGUAGUGCUGCCCGCGCCCGCGCCUGCACCCGCACCAGCGCCCGCGCCCGUGCCCGUCCCCGCGCCUGCGCCCGCGCCCGCCGCUGCGCCGCCGCCGGGGCUGCAGGCGGUGUUGAGCAGCCUCGCUAGCAUUCUGCCGCAGGCGACAGCAUCCGCAACGCCACCCGCGGGCCUGGCGGCGCCGGGCGCUCACUCGGGCCUGCAGCUGCGGCCGGCGCCCGGCGCGGCGCCGGCGCCGAGCCUUUUUGGCUCCCACAGUCAGCUGCAGCCGCCGCGGCCCGCGGCGCCGCUAUUUCCGCCGCAGCAGCCGCAGCAGCAACAGCCGCAGCCGCAGCUCCAGCUGUUUGGAGCGCCGCCGGGUCAGCCCGGCUACACACCUGUGCAGCAUCCGUUGCAGGGCCCAUCGCAGCAGCAACAGCAGCAGCAGCGACCGCCACACCACUUCGGCCCCCCGCAGCAACACAACCCCCAAUUCGCGCCUGCGCCCGGGGGCUUCGGGCCGCCCCACCACGGCGGCCCCCCACCCCGCGGCAGCGGCGGUGGCGGCGGCGGCCCGGGCCCGUUCCAGAGCCAUGGCCGGCCUGGCCCGGGCGGCCCCGGCGGCCCGCGGCCGCCCAACUUCCGCAGCCGUCCCUGCCAGUACUUCAACCGGCCCGGCAGCUGCCGCCACGGCGACGACUGCUCGUUCAUGCACGUGCGGCCGGGGGAGUCUAGGGACGUGCGGGAAGGGCGCUGA